AUGGCUUCAGAUUCAGGAACGAUCCUCCGGCUGUGUUUGUACUUUGCGUGCUGCCUUCCGUUUGCAUCGGCUCUCCCUGAGAACUUCUUGCCCUAUCCUCUGGAUGUCACCGUCUCUGGGUCGCAAGCACCAUCAUUGCCCCUGGCCGUAAGGAAUCCAUACCUAUCAGCUUGGCUGCCCGGCUCCCAAGUCAGCAAUCUGCCCACAGCCCAAGCCGAAUUUUGGACCAGCCAAACGACAUUAGGAUGGACUAUCCUGGCGCAAGUCGAUGGCAAAACAUUUACGCUCUUUGGUGCGCCACAUGGCAUCACAAACACCACAACAGCAACGCAAAAAUCUAUCGGUUACACUGCAACCCACACGAUAGCCGAAUUAGAUGCGGGCGCCGCUAGCAUCGUCGUAGACUUCUUCUCCCCUGUCUCACCAAAUAAUCACCUUCGGCAGUCUUUUCCUUUUAGCUAUGUCACUAUAUCAGUCGUCGGGAGCUCUGAUGUCCAAGUUUUAAGCGCAAUUGAUGAUUCGUGGUAUGGCCAGCCGGGUAACCUCGUGUUGCAGCAUCAGAACACAGGGGCUACCUCUGUGAUAAGUUUGACUGACCCCAAAGCUGCGAACUAUACAGAGGUCCACGAUAUGGCAGCUUGGGGAUCCACUGUUCUUGCGACCAGCCAAGCCGGCAGCUCAUCAGUUACUUAUCAGAGUGGCCCGGGUGACACUGUAUUCAGCAAGUUUGUCGAGUCUGGAAGCCUCGAUAGAACUUUACCGGCCUAUGGGAAAGGUAAUUGGAUUGCUUUUGCUCAGAAGCUCAGCACGGUGUCUACCACUUCAACUUCCUCCGUCACAUUCGCUGUGGGCCAGUACAGAGAUAAUGUGGUCAAAUACCUGGGCCAUGACCAAGUUGGGUUCUUCAAGUCAAAGUACCGUAAUGUGCUAGAAACCGUCGACGCCUUUUUGAACGAUUAUCAGCCAGCAUACGUGGAUUCUCAAACCUUGGACAAGGCCAUUAAUAGCGAGACGAGUUCGAUCUCUAGCAAUUAUACUGAUCUGACGACAGCAGCCGUACGGCAAUGCUAUGGCGCCAUGGAAAUCACACUUCCCGCCAGCAACACUGCUGACACGAGCAAUCCAUACGUCUUCUUGAAAGAGAUAUCCACGAACGGAGACGUAAACACUGUCGACGUAGUAUAUCCAACCUCUACCAUCCUAGGUGUCAUGAGCCCAGAUUGGAUCAAGUAUUUGCUUGAACCGGUUGCCAUAUUCUCCGAGAGCCCAGCAUGGACUGCUGACUAUGUGGUGCACGACCUUGGCACCUAUCCUGUAGCAACCGGACGUACCCCCGCUACUUCCGAGAAAAUCCUUCUUGAAGCCACGGGUGGUUUUCUGAUAAUGGUAUACCAAUACCAGAAACUGACCGGCGACGAAACCUGGGCCCAAUCGCACAGAAAGCUCUUCCAGCAAUUCGCCGACUACCUCAAAACCAGCGGUCUGCACCCUUCACUGCAGUAUGACACCGUCGACUCGAUCAACCCAACGGCCCAGCAAACAAACUUGGCCAUAACAUCCGCCAUAGGCCUGAAAGCCUACGGAGCGCUGACAGGCAACCAAACUUACACACGGGCAGCUCAGAGCUUCGCCAGCACGAUAUACACGCAAGGACUCGGCACGAACCUCAAUAGCAACGGCAAGAUCACCAAGGGCACUCCCCAGCAUUUCACCUACAACUACGGCAUGUCCACAUCAUGGGGCACGGUCUUCAACCUCUUCCCCGACCAAUACCUCAAUCUGAGCACCUUCCCGACCGCCGCAGUCUCAAUGCAGUGCUCCUGGUACAUGUCGCAAGCCACGAGCGUUGGCAUUCCCUACGCGAGCGUACAGGAUGAUAUCGCCAAUGGGAUGUGGGACAUGUGGAUUGCGGCUACCUGCCCAACCGAUGUCGACACCAUCAUUGGUUUUGAGCACGCGUUCUUUACAAACGGGAAGAAUACUGUGCCGUUUGCUGAUCGGUUUUACGUGACUGGGAGUCAGGCGGGAACGUUUGUGACAGCGCGGGCAAGACCGACGUUGGGGACGACUUUUGCGAUUUUGCUGGGGAAGGGGAGACCUGCGCCAAUCCCAGCUGUACAACCCAAUGCACCAAGCGCUGUGCCGGCUGCAAACAAGCCUCAUACUGCAGCGGCACGUGUCAAAAGAAAGACUGGCCGCAACACAAGACCGCCUGCAAGAGCUCGACCCGUCCCAGUGCCAAAGUCCCGCCGAAGCAAUGCUCCAACCUCGGCUGUGCCGCGCGACCAGACCAACUCACUGUGCCCUGCGCCUGCUGCAACGGCGUUACCUACUGCAGCAGUCUCUGUCAGAGAGAGGACUGGAAGGACCACAGGCCCGCCUGUGUCGACCCCUACCCCGCCUCCGCCAAAGAUGCUGACCUCGCCGGUGCCUAUAUCGCAGAAGAUCGGGUUCCCGCUGCUCGUACAGCGUUGCAGCGAUGCGGACGUCGGAGAACCGCUGGGAGACAAUCAGCACGCCACGUGGCUGAUGAUCGAUCCCCUCACGGGGUUCGCACCGGCGGAAUGGCAAGGUCGGGUUGGAAACGUGAUUGUUGCGAGGGCAGACACGGAAGCACUGGACACGGCGACUCUGGCAGCCAUCACGGACUACAUCUCUGAUAUUUUGGACGCGUUUGGGAACGGGGCGGGAGCAGCGCGGAAAUACUACGAUAGAGGCCGGUUGGACAGGUUCAUCGCGAGUCAUUUGAAGAUGCAGCAGGACUUUAAAAAGUUUCAAGAACAGAGCUUUGUGGACGGGUCUGGAGAGAAGGUGCAACUGUGA